AUGAAUUUUCGUUCGAAAACCGAGCCACAACGUAUUCCUUCCCUCCGUGAUCGAAUUCAAUUAAUGGUCCAAUCAAUAAAAAAAGUUGGCGUCCAUAGUGUAUGUCAUAUGGCUGCAGCUGGGUUUCAAUACAUUGGUAAUGGAGAUACAGCUCGUUGUAAGGAUUGCGGACUUGAAGCAUCCAACUGGACUUUAGAUAUGAAUCCGUUUACUAUUCAUUCUCAACGUAGGCCUGAUUGCCCAUUCGUUUGUUCUGUACUAACAUCUUCAUUAUCGAAUCCAUCUAAAUCUACUGCUUCUACUGUAAAAACAUCGACAUCCGAAGAACCAGAAAAUCAAUGUAAACGUCGAAAGAUUGACACAGGAGCUUCAAAGUCUAUUUCUCAUACUUUAAUCGAAGCUGAUUCACUUCAACAAGUAAGAAGACGUACAUUUUCCCAUUGGCCACAUCGUACUAUACCAUUCAGUGCACAAAUGAUACAAGCUGGCUUUUUUAAUUGCAAUGUUGGUGAUCGAGUAAUAUGCAUUUAUUGUAACCUUAUUUGUCAACAAUGGACACCCCAUACAGAUGAUCCAUGUGAUGUACAUAAAACACUUUCACCUAAUUGUCCAUAUGUUAAAUCAAAAUUAAUGCAUCCUGCAAUUUCAUCGAUCAAUAUUGACGAUGAAAGUUCAACACAAUCAAAUAAUAUCUUCAGAGUCCCAUGCCAUGCUGUCUAUUCCGAAAUACCAAAACGUUAUGAAUCAUUCAUUAAUUGGCCAAACAGAGAUGCACCAUCCAUCGACGACUUGGUUCGAGCAGGAUUUUUCUAUACAGGUUCAAACAAUAGUGUCACUUGUUUUCAUUGUAAUGGAUCAUUACAAAACUUACGGCUCAAUGAUAAUCCAACAAUUGAACACGCUCGUUGGUUUCCACAUUGUACAUAUGCUAAACAGUUAUGUGGCGAUCAUUUAUAUCGUAAAAUUCAAGAAUAUAAACGAGCACAGCAAGAACGUUCAAGAUCUAAUCAAGUAAACGAAAGAACAGAUUUUAUUGAUAUGUCAAAUACUAAUCUAAGAACGAAUAGUGAACAAUUAUUAAUACCCGAUGAGAGUACUCUAUCGAGACAUGUUGCUGCUCGAUUAGAUCUACCCAUUUCGCAACGUUUAUUACAGCAAAAUUUUAAAUUAUCGAUAGUUAAACGAUGUUGGGAAGAUCAGUUACGACUUAAACGUGAUAAUUUCGUGUCGGAAUACGAUUUAUAUGUAGCUUGUUUAAUACUUCAAAAACAAAUUACACAUAUCGAUGGUAAGAAAGAAAAUAUCGUGAUACCAAGUUUAAGAAUGAAACAAAUAAGAAGCAAAGCAGAAGUACAACGAGAAGGCUCAGGCAGCACAACAUCACCUGCACGUGAUACUGAUCAAUCAAGUUCUAUUCAUGUAUCAAAUGACACGGCACAUGAAAGCGCCACAUCAUCAUCACAAUCGUCUUCUCGUCUCAGAUUACAAUCAAAUGCCAAUGAAAAUCAAGAGGAAAUCAAAGCAACUCCUACUAACAACGAUGCCACUCAAACGCAAGUUUCAGAAGUAGCCAUACCUUGCAUGAUCUGCUCGAUCAAAGAAAAACAGUUAGCUUGUUUACCAUGUGGCCAUUUGCAAGCGUUAAAUUCAUCUACCGGCAUGUCUCAUGAAAUCAAAGAUUUAACAUCUAUACCGACUUCUGUACUCGAAACUGACUUAAUCCAACAAGUGCAAAGGCGUUCCUUCUCGCAUUGGUCACAUCGUGCUAUACCAUCCAGUGCGCAAAUGAUUGAAGCUGGAUUUUUUAAUUGCAAUGUUGGUGAUCGAGUCAUUUGUAUAUAUUGUAAUCUCAUUUGUCAACAAUGGACACCCCAUAAAGAUGAUCCAUGGGAUGUACAUAAAAAACUUUCACCUAAUUGUCCAUAUGUAAAAUCAAAAUUAAUGCGUCCUGCAGUUUCACCGAUUAAUGUUGGCGAUGGCAAGUCAACAGUAAAUACUUCAGAUAUUCCUUCAAGAACAGCCAGUAAUCUCGGUCCAUUGAGAUCGAAUGAUACUGUGUUUACAGAUUCAUGUAAUCCAGCUUAUUCAGAAAUACCAAAACGCCAUGCAUCCUAUGCGACAUGGCCAAUUGAAGAUUUGCCACCAGUUGAUGAUUUAGUAAGAGCAGGAUUCUUCUAUACAGGUACAAAAAGUAUUGUGACCUGCUUUUAUUGCAAUGGGUCAUUACAAAACUGGGGUCCAAAUGAUAAUCCAAUGAUUGAACAUGCUCGUUGGUUUCCACAUUGUGCAUAUGCUCGAAAAUUAUGCGGUGAAGAAUUAUAUCGUAAAAUUCAAGAAUCUAAACGAGCACAUGAAGAACACGCAAGAGCCAAUGAAUCAAAAAAUCGAACUGUCCGUAAUGAUAUACCAAAUACUAGUGCACCAUCACUACCACCAACAACAAACAGGCGACAAUUAUUAAUACCAGAUGAAAGUACUUUAUCGAGGCUUGUUGCUGCUCGAUUGGAUUUACCAAUUUCAAAACGGUUAUUAGAUCAAAAUUUUAAAUUAUCUAUAAUAAAACGAUGCUGGGAAGAUCAAUUACGACUAAAACAUGAUGAUUUUGUAUCUGAAUGUGAUUUGUACAUGGCUUGCGUAAUUCUUCAGAGACAAAUCGAACAUAUCAACGGUAAAAAAGAAAAUAUUAUUAUACCAAGCAUAGCAAUGAAAAAAAUCGUCGAUUUUGAUGACGACAAGGAAAAACUAAUUAAAAGUGAAAAAUCAUUUAAGAAUUGGCCUAAUAUAUCCCCAUCACCAAUGGAAAUGAUCAAAGCACGUUGGUGCUGGACUGGAAGAAUAACACCAGACUGCACAAGUUGUUUAUAUUGUGGAAUAGAAUAUCAUGAUUGGAAUGCUAAUGAUAAUCCGUUGGAUAUUCAUCAGCGCUUGUCUCUUUUUUGUCCUUUUGCUCGUUCAUCCCAUCGAAUGUACUCAAGCUCAGUGCCCACCAAACCUAUACCUGAAGUGUUUACAAAAGAAAAAAUAGCUAAUGCUGCAACUGAACCCAAUUCCAAGCUUAUCGCCACAUCGGCAUCAUAUUAUAGCAUUCCGGAACACCGGCAGACCUCAUUGAACACGUUUCCAGGUGGACUUCCAAGAAAUGCUGAAGAAAUAAUACGAUCGGGCUUAUACUGUGUCGGGCAAAGUACUAAACUUCGAUGUUACAAUUGCAGACGUUCUUUUAAUAACAUUCAUGAUUGUCCGUCGGGUGAAAUUAAUGUUAUGCAUCGUUAUCAGUCUCCAAACUGUAGCUAUGCACGAUUGUUACCUACUCAAAGCGAAACAAUGUCUGCAAACAUUGGUGACCUUUGCCGAUGGUGUUUGACGAAUUCUAAAGAAAUUGCGGCUUAUCCGUCCCAUCAGAACUUUAUUUUAUAUAAUGAUUUCAUAUGUCAUUGGAACAUGAUUCGAAAUACGAUCUAUGUUUUUCUUAUUAUUUCCGUUCGAAGUCAAACCCAUAUUCCGAUUGGUUGGUUUGUCGACGAAAAAACAUCGAACGAUGCCGAUUUAAAUGCUUUUUACGACGCUUUAUCAGCUGCUAUAAUUUUAAAUGACACAACAUUUUCUUGGCCCGUCGAUCAAUUUAAUUUUCAAUCGAUUUCAGACAAUGUCACUGACUCAAAUAUCUAUUCAAGUGUUCAUCAGAUUUGCAAUCGUCUUGGAUCCGGUGUGAUUGGUUCAAUAUCAAGUGUUGAUCAUUCGAAAACUCGCCUACUUGAUUUGUUUAUGACACGUUUGCAUGUGUCAAUGAUUUCAUUAAAUUAUUUUAAUUACAAUAAACAAGAUUUAACUUCCUUGAAUAAACUUUAUCAUUUAACAAUGAAAAUCGAUCUUCUACCAGUUUUAGUUGCGUUAAUUAAACGUUAUAAAAUAACGAAACUGUUUUAUAUUAUGGAAGGUGAUGAAGCAUUCGAACGUUUUCAAACGCUGGUAGUCGCACAAGCGCGAGAGAAAAGCUACGAUGUUCUAGAUAUUCAAGGUCGUCAAUUAAUUGAUAUAACGAAUUCAAAUAAUACAGGCAUUUUACUGCAAAGCAUUGAAAUUAAAGAUCGAGGUUCGAAAGAAGAACUUUACAUUGUGUUGGAUUUGAACAAUAUCAGUAGUUAUAUUAAAUUAUUAAUGCAAAUUCGACAUCAUGGAAUGACUACACCUCAUUAUCAUUAUAUCCUCAUGAGUCUUGACGCUGACCGAAUCGAUAUGGGUACUUUCCGAUAUGGUGGAGUGAAUGUAACUUAUUUUCUACCGCAAUCAUCGUUCAAAAUGAAUAUAUCAUCCGAUGGAUCGUUAACUGAUCGGCUGUCUCUCGCAUCGUUUGAAAAGAAAUCUUUAGCCGAUGCUUUGUCAUUAUAUAUGCGAGCAAUAAUGCGGUUAGAUAGAGAUAUUCGUUCGAAAAUUAUCCAUUCCGGUUAUGAAGAUAAUAAUUUUGACCAUUUAAAAAUUGAUUGUCGAACAAAAGAAAAUCAUCGAUCACAUGAAAUAUUCGGUGAAGAAUUAUUUAUAAUAAUGAAAUCACUUUCAUUCGAUGGUUACUCUGGUCAUAUAGCAUUCAAUGACUAUGGUGAACGUAUUAAUUACACUUUAAGCAUCUAUCAAGUCACCAUGAAUAGAUUACCGCGAAAUAUCGGCAACUUUACACGUGAUGAAUUUACUUUACGUGAUUUUCGAGUUUUUGAAGGUCGUCAAGCACAUGAUUUUGACAAAACGCGAGAACGAAUUAUCUCAACGAUUAUUGAUGAACCGUUUACGAUGCUAAAUGAAAGUGCGGUUGGCAAUUUAACUGCGUCCGAUGCAGCUGGUCAAUAUUUUACAUUUGAUGAACUAUACGGUUAUUGUGUUGAUUUAGCUCGUUUAAUAUGUGAAAAUAAACUGCGAAUCCCUUGUAAAUUUCGGAUUGUCAAAGAUAAUUCAUUUGGUAACAAGCCAGCGAAUGAUCAACCAUGGACUGGAAUGAUUGGAGAAUUAGUCAGACGUGAAGCUGACCUUGCUGUUGCACCGUUAACAAUAACAAGUCAACGAGAAAAUGUAGUAGACUUCAGCAAACCAUGGAUGAAUCUUGGUAUUAGUAUUCUAAUUAGUAAACCAGAAAAAAAUAAACCAGGUGUGUUUUCAUUUAUGACGCCUUUAUCAAAAGAAAUCUGGAUGUGCGUUGCAUUUGCGUAUAUUGGUGUUAGCGUUAUACUUUUUCUUGUUUCACGUUUUUCGCCCUACGAAUGGAGUAUGAAAAAUCAAGAAACAAUGCAAUUAUCAAAUAAAUUUUCAAUUUUGAAUACACUGUUUUUUGCCUUAGCGGCUUUUAUGCAGCAAGGCGUUGACUUUAUACCAAGAUCUAUAUCAGGCCGAUUGGUUGCUGGUGUUUGGUGGUAUUUUUCGAUGAUUCUUGUUUCUUCCUAUACAGCCAAUUUAGCUGCUUUUCUAACCGUUAAACGAAUGGUAACACCGAUUGAAAGUGUCGAAGAUCUUGCAAGACAAACAGAAAUAAAAUAUGGCGUUGUACGUGGUGGAUCGACACAAGCAUUUUUCGAAAAAUCUGACGUAAAACUUUUUCAACGCAUGUGGACAUACAUGCAGCAAAGAGAUGAUGUUUUUGUUGCUAGUAAUGAAGAAGGUAUUAGUAAAGUUCGAAAGUCUAAAGAAUAUGCAUUUUUACUUGAAUCUACUAAAAACGAAUACACUAACGAGCGUUCUCCAUGUGAUACAAUGAAAAUCGGUUCAAAUUUAGAUUCGAAAGGCUACGGAAUAGCAACACCUGUUGGUUCAGAAUUACGAGAAGCAAUUAAUAUAGCGAUACUGGAAAUGAGUGAAGAUGGUACAAUGAAUAAUUUAAAAAAGAAAUGGUGGUACGAUCGAUCAGAAUGCCAUAGUGAUACCACGAAGGAUUCAAAACAAAACAAUGCACUUAACCUAGUGAAUGUUGCUGGUAUAUUUUAUAUUUUAAUUGGUGGUCUAGCGUUGGCUAUAUUAAUUGCCGUGUUAGAAUUUUUUGUUAAAGCAAAUAACGAAGCAAAACAAACUAAAAAUAAUUUUGUUGAUGUUAUGCGACGAAACAUGCGAUUAAGUAUUGCUGGUAUUCCGUUGGGCGAAGCAGUAGCAAUAAAAAAAAUUUCAUUAAAAUUUCCAAGACAAAACAAUUUUCCGAGUUCUGAUCCAUUGUUUGAUGAAAAUGGUCAUCUUCCUGAUAAUAAUCAUAGUCAUCUCUAA